AUGAGAGCCCCAGCAGCCAACCAGACCUUUGACGAGGCGAUCAAGGUAACCCCGGUGGAUCCUUAUCGAUACUCAGCUGUUUUACGAGAUGACUGGUGCAUCGGGACUGUGCCCCACGGGGGAUAUACCACGGCGGUUCUGUACCAAUUGGCAAUCACGCAUUUCGCAUACACACAUCCGACCAGGUACAAGGAGGCGGCCACGCCCAUCUCCAUGCAGCUUGCGUUCCUGCGCCGCACGGCCGCCGGCCCGGCCUUGCUGAAAGUGCAGGAUACAAAGCUCGGAGCGCGCACCAGCACGAUCCACGUGGCGCUGCUGCAGCCCAGUGAGAAGAAUAAGGAUAAGAAGCGAAACACAACCUUGACGGCUAAGUCGUCGCCGUCAUCCUGGGACGACGAAGAUCUCGAGAUCAAAGUCGCCGGUUACAUCACGGUGAGCCCGCCCUCGGCCGAAGUGGGCAUGUCCGCGCCCACCAAAUGGACGCUCCUGCCGGCUGCGAUCCCCGGCUCUGGACCGGAGGGCCGCGUGGAUCUACAGGCGCUAGGGACGAGCGGCCGAGACGAGCAGUGGGUUCGGCUCGCGGCGCCGUUCCCGCUGUUUCGGCGUGCGACGCAGCAUGUGGAGUUCUUCGGGCCUGAUCCGGCGCUGGGGAAGCCACGGGUUGUCGACCAGUGGGCGCGGUUUCGGCCUGGGGGGAACACUCAAGGUCGGUGGACGGAUGAGGCGGUGGCGUUCCUGGCGGAUAUGUUCCCGAUGGUGCUGGAUGGGUUUGACACGGCGGCGACGGAGGGUGGCGGAGAAGCGAAGGACACUGCGACGCAGAAGGGACCACAGGCCCGGUAUUGGUAUCCGACGGUGACGCUCAACAUCGACUUUAAGAAGCGGUUACCGGCGGACGGGGUGGAGUGGCUGUACAGCCGCGUGCAGACACGGUCGGUGCGCAAUGGCCGGAUGGACCUGGAUGUGACUGUGCUGGAUGCGCAGGGAGAAGUUGUGGCGCUGAGCAACCAGGUGGGACUGAUAGUGGACGCGAGCCGGAACAUUGGGGAGCGCAAGUCGAAGAUGUAG